AUGCACGCUUCAACGUCGCCCUCACCCGCGCCGUCAGCAUCGUCGUCCACCAGUGAACAGCGCCAACCACCUCGUUCAGAUCGCGCCUCCUUUAUCGCCCUACAGACUGCGGUAGCUACACCACUGACACUCUCGCAGGCUCCCACUCGUGUCAACUCGCUCGACCUUUCUGCCACAGAGCAGCUGCUCCAAAGGCUCCACACCCAAGUCGAAAAGGGCGACCCCACCGCCAUUGCCGAGUACGAGAAGCUCGCCCAUAUGCACCAGCUGCCACCUCAUGAACACCACAAGCUGCAUUGGCACCUCCAUUCUCACAGGUCUGACGAGGAGCAACCAGCUUCUGAGCAGGAUGGUGCCGCUUUGGAGGAAGGACGCACCUCUUCAAUCCCAAACCAGUCAGACGAGAAGCGAACAGACGAGAACGAAAAGGCGCCCGCUGUUACCUUGACCGAUGACGAGGAUCCAACAAAGUGGAGCAAUCGUCGCAAGUGGGCCGUCACAGCCCUCGUGUCGUGUCUCUAUUUCAACGCAACCAUCACCUCGUCCAUCGGCACCGGUGCCACGGAGCAAUACCUCCACCAAUUCUCCAUCUCGCAGGAAGUGGCAGCGCUGGUACUCUCCAUCUACAUGAUUGGCUUCUGCAUUGGUCCUCCGCUCUGGGCCCCUCUCUCUGAACUCUACGGUCGCCUCAUCGUCAACUACUUCGCGGUGCCCGGCUACUUUUUCUUCAACAUUGGAUGUGCGCUUGCACCCAAUAUCACGACCUUACUCGUCUGCCGUUUCCUCGUCGGUGUCUUUGCUGCUGCCCCACAGGCCAACUCGGGUGGAACCAUUUCGGACAUCUGGUUGCCACACAUUCGACUCUGGCCCAUGUUCACCUAUUCUUUGGCAGCUUUUAUGGGCCCAACGCUUGGACCGCUGGUGGGAGGCUUCAUCGCCGGCACCAAUGUCGCGUCCAACCGUUGGAGGUGGAUCUACUGGGUGCUGUGUCUGCUCUCUGCCGUAUCUAUGGCGUUGGUUGUGCUCAUUCAGAAGGAGUCGUACGCUCCCGUUCUACUCAAGCGUAAAGCACUCCGCAUGCGCGUCGAGACGGGUCGCGACGACAUUCUCGCACCUGGAGAGACGCUGGGUGUCGACGGAGCCGUGGCGCCCAUCUCCUGGUCAGAGAUCAUUCGUGUCCAUGUCGGCCGACCUUUCCACAUGCUCUUCACCGAAGCACCACUCAUGUACGCCACGCUCUGGACCUCGUUCUGCUACGCGGUCAUCUUUAUCUUCUUUGAAGCCUAUCCCGUGGUCUUUGGAGGCAUGUACGGCUUCAAUGCCGGCGAGGUCGGGCUUGCUUUCCUGGCCAUUGGAGUCGGCAUCGCCAUUUCGGCUCCCAUCGUGGGCUUCUUCAACCAGCGCUCGCUCAAGGCGCGCGCCGCUGCUGGAGGCAAGCCAGUGCCUGAAUCACGUCUUCCUCAAGUCGGGCUGUCAGCACCACUAUUUGCCAUUGGCUUCUUCUGGUUUGGCUGGACCGCGCGCGCAUCCAUUCCCUGGAUCGUGCCCAUCCUUGCUGGUCUGCCGAUCGGAGUCUCGCUCAUGCUUGCGUUCAACUCACUCUCUGCGUACGUCACCGAGUGCUACCACAUCUAUACCGCAUCGGCCCUCUCGGCCAUGGCUUCCUCCAGGUGUCUAUUUGCCAUCUUUGUGCCGCUGUUCGGACGCCAGAUGUUUCAAGGGCUAGGCUCGGGCUGGGCGUCGAGCGUGCUUGGCUUUGUGUCGAUCGCUGCGAUUCCCGUGCCGUUUGUGUUCCUCAAGUAUGGCAAGGCGAUUCGGCAAAGGAGCAAGAUGUGCAUCAAUGCUUGA